AAUGGCUUGCAUUGUGUCUCCGACUAUGGAAAAGCCACUAAAGAGCGUCACAAUAACGGACGUCUACGAUAUAGCGUCCGCUAUUGGAAAUGAUUUUGAACGACUUAUUGAGACGUUCGGCGCGGAACCACUUUCCGGUUUGGUACCGAAAGUUAUUAAUGUCCUCGAACAGCUGGAACAUCUAGCUGCUCAAAACCAAAAGGAACAGGAUCAAAUGGCAGAACUACGAUAUGCUGUUGAAAAGUUACAAAUGGAAAAAACUGUUAAAGCUGAAGAACGAGCUAAAUACGAAAAGGAAUUAGAAGCAAUCGAAGAAUCAUGGAGAUCUGAAACCAAAGAGUUAGUCACAACAGUAGAAAAAUUACAAAAAGAUAAUAAGAAGUUAAUGCAGCAGUUGUCAAAUAGUCAGGCAGCUUGGGAAAAUAGAAAUACAAAGGAUAAUGAAAAAGAUGCUGGAGACCAACUGUUAGGAAAAAUGACUGAAAUAAUUGAUAAGCAACGAGAAGAAAUACGCAAUUUGCAAAAAGAAGUCAAACAAAAAAAUGUUUACGUUGAAACGCUGCAAGGUCAGUUAGAGAGAUUGGCUCGCUUAAAUGCGGAUUUUAAGAGGAGAAACUCUUUGACUCAAAGACACGCUCAAAGUCUCAUCGCCGAGAAGGUAGAUUUGCAGGCUCAACUUCAUGACAAAGAGCAACAGAUAACGGUCAUAAGAGAUAGACUUCAACAGGAAAGUCUAGAUUCUCCAACUUCACCAACAUUGGAAGACAUAGAUCAGUGGCAUCAAAAAUUAACAUUAGAAGGCAAAAUGGUAAUUGACUUGAAGGAUCCAAAUCGACCGAGAUUUACUAUGAAUGAGCUCAGAGAUGUGCUCCAGGAGAGAAACGAAUUAAAGACAAAAUUAAUUGAAGUGGAAGAAGAAUUGCUACAGUAUCGCCCACCAUUGAGUGAUGAAGAGGAAGUCUUACCAGUUCAAGGUCCUAUAAAUAGAGAGCCUGACGACAAAUUGCAUCCAGAUCGUUUUGACUCUGGUAUUCGAAAACUAAAAAUUCUUUCUUUUGAAAAAAAAUCCUUUUCAAUAGAAUUAUUUAAAGCUUACGGUACAUUGGCCUUAUAUCUAUGUGACUUGUCAAUUAUAGCCGGUCUUGUCGAUUACGAAAAAAAGUCGUUCUACACUAAGUUAACUUAA